CCCGUUAUUACAUCUUCCCGAUAGAUUAAAAAGUGAUGUUGUCGGACAGAUAAAUCGUUUUUCGUUAUUACAAGUGCCAUUUAAAUAUGAACUGUCCGAUAAGCAAAAGGUCAGGCCAGCUUCCCUUUAUCUUUUAACGUAAAGUUUACUGAAUUCAUGUUGCCAUAUUUUAUAUUGAUAAUAUGGCAAUAACAGCAAUAUUUAUUCAAAUAAAAAAAUGGAUAACGCCAAUCGUUUAUUUUAUAUUGAAGAACUGGAAGAUAUUUACGCAAACAUUGAAGCAAAAAAAAGAGCGGCCAAGACAUAUCGUGAACGAGUGGAUUAUCUACAAUUUUAUGAUGAAAGGGAGUUUAUGAAAAGGUUCAGAAUUUCAAAAGGCACAUUCCAAUUACUAUUACAAAAAGUUGGCCCUUCAUUACAAGCAAAAGUGUCAAAGCAAUAUUCCGUGUCGCCUAGAACAAAGCUACUGAUUACAUUAAGGUUCUAUGCUAGCGGUAGUUUCCUUAUUACGGUUGGCGACUUUUGUGGUGUAAGUGUCUCUACUGCCAGUCGUUUAGUGAAAGAAACGUCGCAUGCUUUAGCAUCAAUGGCCAAGGAAUACAUUAAAUUUCCCUUUGACGCAAAAGAAAAGCAACAGACAUCGUCUGAAUUCUUUGCGAUAGCGAAAUUCCCAAAGGUUAUUGGAGCUAUUGAUUGCACACACGUCCGCAUUCAAUCGCCAGGAGGAGAUAACGGAGAGAUUUUCCGCAACAGAAAAGGAUACUUCUCAUUCAAUGUUCAAGCUGUGUGCAAUGCUAAACUUAUGUUCCAAGACUUAGUGGCAAGAUGGCCAGGAUCUGCACAUGACAGCAACAUUUUCCAAAAUAGCCGUUUAAAAUUUCGAUUCGAAGAAGGUCAUUUUCAAAAUUAUGUUCUUCUCGGAGAUUCUGGAUAUAAACAAUGCAAAUACAUGAUGACUCCAUUGCUAAAUCCAUGCACAGGACCUGAAGCUCUUUAUAACGAAUCUCAAAUUCGCACACGUAAUACUAUUGAGAGAUGCUUCGGUGUUUGGAAGAGACGUUUUCCAGUACUAUCAAUGGGUCUUCGUUUGGCUACCUCAACAAAAAUGUCAGUUAUCGUGGCAUGUGCUGUACUUCACAAUAUAGCCAUAAUUGAGAAGGAUCUACUUCCGCCAAACGAGACCAACCUAGUACCUGAAGAUGAUUUAUCCGAUUAUUCGGGAGAAACUCAAGUUUCAUCUCAAGCUAAUUCAAUUGCAAGGACCAUUUUGAUUGAAAACUAUUUUACAAAGUAUAUUAAUAAGAGCGGGUGUUUGACUAAAUUUUUUUAAAACGAUAGCGUGCUAUUUUAUGUCCUUUUGUGUGCAAACUCGAUUUAUGUUUUUGUUUGCGCUUUUCUCGAAGAUAAGUAGGUUCAAUUGUUCAAGUAAUAUUUCCAAAUGUACGAGGCUGGACCACAAACUAGAGAUUUUUCAUCCCAACCUCCCUCCAAUCAAGUAACAUUUCUUAAAUUUUUUUCUUAUACUUGGAAACGUCUUUUUUCCAAAGGCUACGAUUAUGCGCUUUGUAAUUACAUUUUCAUAGUCACAUAACCUGUGUUACGCUGUGUAUAUAAAAACUUCACAGCGCAACUUAUAGUAACUAUUGCUUCGCUGUACAUCUGUCAAAAAAAGCCAAUAAAAAUAACACCUACUACGUACAUUGUGAAGCCAGCGUUUGAAUUUUCGGUGCUGUGGAACAUAGACCAAUUAAUGUGCCAAUUGAUUUUUUGAAAUUACCAAUUGAUGUGAUAUUACAAUUACAUUUGCUUUGGAAAAAAAUCGGGUGCUAUCGUUGCUGGGAGCACAGCAAAUUCAAUCACUGUUAAACGAUUCCGUUUUAAAAGAUUUUGUUAGACAAAUUUAAUUGCAAUUCAGUUUUUAUUAAACAUUUCUAAUCUAUUUUCAGUCUUUUAAAUGCUGAAUAGCU